AAAGAAAUUACCGACGUUAAAGAGCACGUACAACUGUAGAUUUAUAAAUAUAAAUAUAUUAUACACAAGUAUAAAUAUGGCUAUAAAUUGGUUGCUAUUAGUUAGCAGACAAGGGAAAGUUCGUCUCACUAAAUGGUUUAUAACAAUCCCACCAAAAGAAAAAGCAAAGAUUAUAAAAGAUGCAACGCAACUAGUAUUAGCACGAAGGGUCAAGAUGUGCAAUUUUCUCGAAUAUAAAGAUCAAAAGAUUGUAUAUAGAAGAUAUGCAAGUUUAUUUUUUGUAACAGGUAUUAAUCAAGAUGACAAUGAACUUAUCACACUUGAAAUUAUUCAUCGUUACGUUGAAAUUCUCGACCGUUAUUUUGGCAAUGUUUGUGAACUUGACUUGAUUUUCAAUUUUCAAAAAGCAUAUUUUAUUCUUGACGAACUUUUAAUAGCCGGUGAACUUCAAGAAACAAGUAAAAAAUCAGUCUUGAGAGUAAUUACCCAAGAAGAUCAGUUUGAAGAACAAGAAGGAAAUGAACCUAAAUCAGGAUAGAUGUAUUGUAACAAGCUUGAACAAUUAUUUUUUAUGACCAAUAUAAAUAUGUAGUAAUACAGAUUAAAAAAUUAAGGAGAAAGGAUAAUUAUAUAUUAUCAUGUCAAUAAAAGACGAAAAAAAAAAAGGGUUUUAUCUACAACAUAUAUUGUUC